CGGCCGACCCCGUAGAGCGGCUGCGCGCGGGCGCCGGAAGCGGAAGGGCGUGAGCGCGGUGCGGCGGCGGGAGGAAGCCGGCAGUAUGGCGGCUGUGGUGCUGAGCGAGCCGGAGAAGCUCUACAUCGUCCAUGGCAUACAGGAAGAUCUUCGUGUAGAUGGUCGUGGCUGUGAAGACUACAGAUGUGCAGAAGUAGAAACAGAUGUUGUAUCGAACACAAGUGGAUCUGCAAGAGUAAAGCUGGGAAACACUGAUAUCUUGGUAGGAGUAAAAGCUGAAAUGGGGACACCAAAGAUAGAGAAGCCAGAUGAAGGCUACCUGGAAUUCUGUGUUGACUGUUCUGCAAAUGCUACUCCUGAAUUUGAAGGCCGGGGAGGAGAAGAGCUUGGCACAGAGAUAACAAGUACAUUCUACACAGUAUUUAGCAGCGAGAACAGUGUAGACUUGAAAUCACUUUGUAUUAAUCCCAGAGAGCACUGCUGGGUUCUCUACGUUGAUGUGUUGUUAUUGGUAUGUGGUGGGAACCUCUUUGAUGCAAUCUCUAUCGCAGUGAAGGCAGCUCUCUUUAACACAAGAAUACCCAAAGUGCGUGUUCUGGAGGAUGAAGAAGGCUCUAAAGAGAUUGAGCUGUCUGAUGACCCUUACGAUUGCAUUCGACUUAAUGUGGAGAAUGUGCCCUUAAUUGUCACAUUAAGCAAAAUUGGCUAUAGGCAUGUGGUGGAUGCUACCCUUGAGGAAGAAGCCUGUUCUUUGGCUAGCCUGCUUGUUUCUGUGACCAGUAAAGGUGCUCUGACUUCUAUAAAGAAAGUGGGGAGAGGCAGCCUGGAUCCUGAGAGUAUCUUUGAAAUGAUGGAGACGGGGAAGAAAGUAGGCAAGGCGUUGCACGUGGCCCUUCAGAAGAUUCUGGAUGAAGAAGAGAGUUUGGGGACGUCGCGGCAGAAAGUUGGAUUUCUAGGAUGAGUUUUUAUUAAAUGUUCAAAACUGGUUUUAA